UUUCUAUGUACGAGCACCAGCGAUGGUACAAUGUCUGAGCUUUUUGCAAAAAAGCCAAAACUGGUAUUACAGAAAGCGUAAACACAAAAUAAUGUCUGAUGAUGAUUCUCAGAAAAAAAAAUACACAAAAAGUUAUGUCCGCUUGAAGCAGAUGGCCCUAAUCCAUACUUUACAAAUCGCAUCGAGGAAUCCAGAAACAUAGAUUAUAAGAUGCUAUCGCGAUAAAUGUCCUAAUCCGUCACCAGUCCUUUCAACAUCAUGUGUGAUUAUUCAAUAUGGCGGAACCGGAGGAGUUUAGUGAGGACGAACGCGAUAGACACUUUUUAAAGCCGAUUGUUUACUCUAGUGAGGUGGAACAGGCUAUUUCAGAGAUAUUUCAGAGUGAAGAUCCUCUUGACUAUAAGGAUUUCAAUGCUGUUGACUACAUCAAUAAAAUGUUCCCAACUGAACAGUCUUUGACAAAUCUUGAUGAAGUGGCAAACAAAAUGAUUUACAGAAUAAGGGUACUAGACAAGGAAAUAAGACAAGUUAUUCGUGGUCAAACUGAUGUUGGUUUGCAAGGUCGUCAGGCACUGCAAGAAACACAGCUCGCCAUUCAACAGUUGUUUGAGAAGAUUAACGACAUUAAAUAUAAAGCAGAAAAGUCGGAACAAAUGGUGAAAGAAAUUACCCGCGACAUAAAACAAUUGGAUUAUGCGAAGAAACAUUUGACAAAUUCUAUUACAACAUUAAAUCAUCUUCAUAUGUUGGUCGGCGGUGUUGAAGGCUUACAAUCUCUCACACGCAAGCGUCAAUAUCGUGAAGUAGCAAAUCUUUUACAAGGGGUCCUCAAUGUUCUUGAACAUUUCAAGAAAUAUUUUGGGAUACCGCAAAUUGCUGAACUUGCUGAAAGAGUAAAGCAAAUACAGAAUGAGCUUGGAACACAAAUCCUUGCUGAUUUUGAAGAUGCACUCUCUAUUCGUGGUGUUAAGCCUUCCUCUGGACCAAAUUCCCUUUUGGCUGAAGCGUGUCUAGUUGUAAGCGUUCUGGAUACCAAAAUCAAAGAAGAUCUAAUCAACUGGUUUGUAAAUCUACAACUCCAAGAAUACAUUCAACUCUUUAGUGAUACACAAGAGGUUGGUUGGCUAGAUAAGAUAGAUCGACGAUACUCCUGGCUCAAGAGAUCAUUAGUUAAAUUUGAUGAAGAUUUCAAAGAAACAUUUCCUCUUGACUGGAAUGUUGAGGAGCGACUUUGUGAUGAAUUUUGUCGCAUUACAAAGGUUGACUUGGGAAAGACCAUGGCCUCGAGAACGAGUGAAAUUGAUGUCAAACUUCUUUUGUUUGCCAUUCAAAGAACUUCAACGUUUGAGAAUUUUCUUGCAAAGCGUUUUAUUGGUAGCUUGUAUGACUCUCAGAAGAACUCUAGCGAAAGUGAUAAAAACAAGAUUUCAGCUACAAAAGAUUCCCAUUUUCUUGGUAAAAUAUCAAAAUGCUUUGAGCCUCAUCUACAUGUAUACAUCGAGUCACAGGACAAAAAUCUAAGUGAACUGAUGGAUCGUUUUGUUUCCGAUUUCAAAACGCACAAAAUUCCUCAAGUGGAAGGUGACGGAAGCAACGUAAUUUUGCCUUCUGCUGGAGAACUUUUCGUGUUCUAUAAGAAAUGUUUGGUUCAAUGCUCUCAACUUAGUACUGGGUCAUCGCUCCUCUCGCUUACGGAGACUUUCCAGAAAUAUCUGAAGGAGUUUGCUACAAGAAUACUGUUUGCCAACAUGCCAACAAGAGCAAACCAGUCAGGGGGGUUGGCAAGCAUUUUAAAAGAUAAUGAAGUGAAAUUUAAUAAGGAAGACCAGAUAUUGGCAUGUUCUAUCUUAUGCACAGCGGACUAUUGUUUGGAAACUACACAACAGUUGGAAGAAAAGUUAAAAGAAAAAAUCGAUGUUGAUUUAGCUGAAAAGAUUGAUCUUGUCAAAGAACAAGACGUCUUUCAUUCCGUAAUUUCAAACUCAAUUCAACUGCUCGUGCAAGACACAGAAAGUGCCUGUGAUUCUCCUCUUAUAGCUAUGGCGAAAGUGCACUGGCAGAACAUCGAAGCUGUUGGAGACCAAAGUGGUUACGUUACAGCAAUUGCAUCACAUCUUCAAACAACUGUGCCUGUCGUUCGUGAUUAUCUAACCUCUGUAAGAAAAUAUUUCACUCAGUUCUGUGUAAAGUUUGCUAACUCAUUUAUACCAAAGUUCAUCAGUCAAAUAUACAAAUGCAAACCAUUGAGUACUGUUGGUGCUGAACAGCUUUUGCUAGAUACUCAUUCUCUCAAGACCAUUCUUCUUGAUUUACCGUGUUUGAUGACAAAUGUAAAAAGAAAAAUACCAGCUAGCUAUUCAAAAGUUGUCAUGAAAGGAAUGGAAAAGGCAGAAAUGAUUGUCAAAGUUGUGAUGUCACCUCAUGAUCCAGCAGUUGGUUUUGUAGACAAUUAUAUAAAGCUUGUUGGCGAUUCAGACACGUCUAACUUCCAGAAAAUUCUCGAUAUGAAGGGAUUACGACGAAGUGAACAACAUGCCAUGUUAGAUUUAUUUCGCUCACGACUGCCAACUCCCAGCACGAGCAAUGUUUCAACAUCCGCAGCGUCACCAGAUCUUGAGUCCAGUAGAAUUAAAAGACUAGAGCGACUAAUUAAGAAACAAUUUUAAAUGUUGUGACGAAAUACAACAACAAGAAUGGUCUCUUCAAAGAGGUCAUGAUUUGGUAAGAAAAAUUAAGAAUCUUGUUGUUAGAACUGGAAGAUUGACGUUGUAAGGAAUACGAAGAGUCUUUUGUACGUACACAUAUUGAAGUUUGUGUGUUUUUAUUUAUAUUUUAUGCAAAAUUCA